CUCUUGACCUCCUUGGUGAGUCUGGUGAGAGAAGACAGCAAAUCUAAAAGUAAAGAGUGAAAAUGGACCAAAGGUGACGGAGAGCAAUGACUGAGCUUUAUUUCAAAUUCCGUGGGAACCUGACUGGCCGUGUCCACUUCCCAACUCUGGCUACAGAAGCAGACACAAGAGCAGAUAAAUAUUCCAGCCUCUACGUGUACGUGGGAUUGUUCCUAACACUUCUGGCUAUCCUUCUCAUACUGCUUUUCUCCAUGCUCUUGCGCCUGAAGCAUGUUAUUGCGCCCAUCACCACGUCUCCAGAGAGCACGGAGAAUACAGUCCAGCAGUUCACAGAUGUGGAAAUGCACAGCAGGAUUCCUACCACUUAGAGACCCCAAAGCAAAAAGACCUCUGUGCUUGUGAAACAUGUUUUGUUCUGCAAAAUGGUGGUGGAAAGAAUCUCUGCCUGUCUGUUGA